GCCAUCACCGGGUCGACACUACCGCUCUAAAAAUAUUUCAAAAUAUUUUUUGGCUCCAGUAGUUAGGAAUUCUAGCCACGCGCCUGCGCCCUAGGCCGGCCGCCGCGACACGCCACUGACACAAUUCUGCUGUUAUGCGCGCUGUUUGAAUUUAGAACAGAGUUUUUUUUUUGUUUUUUUUUGUGUCUUUCGUGCGAGCAAGGAUCAAUUGUGAAGGGAUUAUUUUCCGGUUUCCUGGACAUUUUGGAGAUUUCGUAAAGAUGGCAACAAGGACACACAAAUCUGGAAGAACAUCGUUCGUGACGUUUUGGAUAUUUUUACUACAGAUGUUAGGCAGCGCGCGGCGUGGUGCGGAAGGUCACGGCAGGCUGAUGGACCCCCCGGCAAGGAACUCCAUGUGGCGCUUCGGAUUUCCCAACCCCGUCAAUUACAACGACAAUGAACUCUUCUGUGGCGGCUACGCCGUUCAGUGGGAGCAGAACGAAGGCAGAUGCGGUGUCUGCGGCGACGCGUACCACCUCAAGGAGCCACGACCUCAUGAAGCCCGGGGCAUGUACGGCAAAGGAAUUCUCACAAAACACUAUAGUGUUGGACAGGAAAUAGAGGUCGAAGUGGAAUUAACCGCCAAUCAUCUUGGGACUUUCGUCAUAAAGCUCUGCCCAAACAAUAACCCUAAUCAGGAGGCAACGCAAGAGUGCUUUGACAGGUAUCCUCUGUACAUAUCAGGAACGAGAGAAGACAGAUUCCUAAUUCCUUUAGACACGGCGAAGAAAGAUAUCUUCCGCUACAGGGUACGGUUGCCCCCGUAUGUGACUUGUACUCAAUGUGUGUUACAAUGGACUUAUUAUACUGGUAACAUGUGGGGUAUUUGCGCCAACGGCACGGAAGCAGUAGGCUGUGGUAGGUCGGAAACAUUUAGGAAUUGUGCUGAUGUUAGCGUGGUUACUAGCACAGGUGGUAUUCCACCAGCGUUUGCCGGUGAUCUACGAGGAGACAACCCCUUCUUGCUCUACUACAGGGAUUUCAAUCUGCCUCACCAGGUGUAUCCCUUAGUUGUUAGAAAUGAACACCAGGAUCUGCAGAAAAAAUCAUUACGUAAUAUUAUUAGCAAUGAUAUUGAAUUUGAGUCUGAGGAGGAAUUAGUUCCACCGACUAUUAGAGAUCAGGUGUGCGUACCGUCGGAUGGAUUCCGCAUGAUCCCUGGUAUGCUGAACUGGUGUCAAACAAACUGCUUACGAUACCCUCCUAACUGUCCAGAAGCUCUGUGCCAUUGCCCACAAAUAUGUGAAGCUACAGGUGAAAUUGAAGGCCGCGAUGGAGCUGACGUAUACUGUAUGGAUCAAUGCAUCGUCUACCCUCCACGCUGCCCCAAGAACAGAUGUCGCUGUUACUAAAAUAAAAACGAAGAAAAUUUUACAUUAAAUAAAAUAUACUUAUUUAAAGAUUUGGACGUGGUAGACUCAAUUUAUAUUUUCUCUUUAACUUACAAAACCUACCAAUCAGUUU